UCUUGUAUGUACUCUCUCACUGUAAGUUCAAAAUCCCUCCCCAAAUUUUCCGGUAGCUAGCCUGCGCUCCGUUCAAUUUUAGUCUGUGUCAAUGGUGGAAAUCGAGCCAGAGAAAACCACCUACAACCUUUCGCAAAUAUGGGAUUCAACGUUUCUUUGAGCGUUACACUCAGAACGACGAUUGAGCGGAGAGACGUUUACUGUGGUCUGAUCGGUGUAGAACGACGCAGUGCGCGACCACUUACCGCUACGGGAAGAGGACGGCUCGGCGGUAAUGAGGAGCUUCCUUCUUGGACGAGAGGAAGAGGUGUAGGAGAUAGUCAAACAGUGAUGACGUGGAUGCAGAGGAAAGGCUUGAAGAAUGGGAGAAUGUGGACAAUUCGUGCGGGAGUUUGUGAGACUCUUUUGAGGAGGUCGGAUGACAGACGAGCAUCUGAUGAUCAAAUUUCUCAGCCACUCAGUUGGAAAUAUAAAGCAAUUGACACCAAGUUAGGACAUGGAAAUGAUACUGACUGCAUUUUAGGCCCUGCCAAUGAAGAUCCAGAAUGCUGUAUUUGCGUAGCCAAGUACAGAGAAAAGGACGAAGUGAGAUAGUUGCCCUGUUCCCGUAUGUUUCAUCUCUAGUAUGUGGAUAAAUGGCUCAAAAUCAUAUCAAGUUGUCCUCUUUGUAAACAAGAACUAGAGAGAUAGAAAUUGGAGGAUUUCGGAUCUGUUUUUUGUAUUUUGUUUUCUUUAAAACAUUCUCUUUUGUGUGUUUUAAUAUGCUUUUUCACAUGGUUACUUGGCGAGUUUAUGUUUGUACAGUUGAGCUCACCGGUAACCAAAACCAUACGUCCAUACCUGAGAGUCUAAUCAAUCUUUAAGCACACCCCACAAAAAUAGCAGGAGAUGAUGUUGGAACUUUUCACUCCCUCAGCACUUCAAGACUUGACAAUACAUAUAUAUAUAUAUAUACAGUCCGUCUAUGGUGUGGAAGGUCCUCAUGCGGACACAGUAUUGGUGACGGUUUUUCAUAGUAUUGGUGACGAUUUUCUAAGAAACAGUCGUUAAUACUAUGAAAAACCGUCACUAAUACUGCAGUCCUCAUGCGGACCAUCCUCACCAUAGAAUUUCCGUAUAUAUAUAUAUAUAUAUGUAUGAUUAUUUGGUGUAUCAUAUUGUAGAUGUAAUUUUACCAAAAAUAAUAUAACAACCCGUAUUAUUAUUUAUA